AUGAAGCUCCGUUACGCCGGAGCCGUGCUGCUGUCGGCGGCCGCCUACUACGUGUACUUGCCGCUGCCGGCCGGAGUGAGCGAGCCGUGGAAGCUGAUGCUGCUUGACGCCCUCUUCCGGGGAUUCAUGCGUGCGGGCGACGCAGCCCAGGCGCUAGGCGUGUGUCACCGGGCGCACCUGCUCAACAAGGUGGUGUCGUGGGUGGAGACUAUCGAGGCCCGAUCUAGCGCAACCGUGCAGGUUAGCGACGGGGAGCUAGGGGGCGUCCCUGCUAGGAUCUUCCAGUCCAGAGGGGACCGGAAACCCAAGAGGGGUGUCGUCUACUUCCAUGGUGGGGGUUGGUCCCUCGGCACUGGACGAAUGCGAUCGUAUGACCUUUUGUGCCGCAAGAUGGCGGAGGAUUUAGACGCUGUUGUCAUAUCUGUUGACUACCGUCUGGCUCCAGAGGCGUUGUUCCCGGAUCAGUACCACGACGCGCUGGCGGCGUCGCGGGCGUUUUUGUCCGAGGAUGUUGCGGAGCGUUACGGGUUGGAUCGGGAUCGCCUAUGCGUGUCGGGAGAUAGCUCAGGGGGGAACCUGGCGGCGGCCGUAGCGCAGGAGCUGGGCUCCGACGCCAACCUGACGGCUCGCUUCAAGGCCCAAGCGUUGAUCUACCCAGUUCUGCAAGCUCUCGACUUCCACACGCCGUCUUACCAGCAGAACCAGGCGGUGCCCAUCCUCUUCCGACCUGUCAUGGCCCAAUUCUGGCUGCUUUACCUUGGUGCUGACCCAUCUCUGGAGUUGGCGCUUUUAGCUAACAACCAAAGCGCGUUGGACCAAGCCGCCUACAGCGCGGCCGCGCGAUCCCGACUAAAUUGGACUGCCCUUCUGCCGGCCGAACGCAAGAAGAACUUUCGGCCGGCGGUGGUGAAAACGGGCAUGCCGGGUCUGCUGGAACGGGCGCCGGCGCUGCUGGACGUCAGGGCUGCGCCUCUGCUCGCCGAGCCGGACGUUUUGGCGAAGACUCCUGAAGCUUAUGUACUGACGUGCGAGUUCGACGUGCUGCGAGACGACGGACUGAUGUAUGCGCAAAGGCUGCGCGAUGUAGGCGUCCGGGUCACUUCUGACCACUACGAGGAUGGUUUCCACGGGUGCUUAUCUUUUGCGUACUUACCCGUCAUGUCCAGCGUGGGCCGCCGUGCCAUCGACAAUUACAUCAGAUGGCUGGACCGGACUCUCUGA